AUGGAGGUGGACGAGGAAGCGCAACAGGUUGCAGCGUCCACUUCCACAUCGAGUGCGGCUGCACCCAGGCGGAACAAGCAAAGAGUGCUGUUGCUCCCAUCCAGAGGCGUCACCAUGAGGAUGAGACACUUGGUCAACGAUAUCGAAGCGCUGUUACCACACUCAAAAAAGGACUCUAAAUUGGAUUCCAAAUCUGACUUGCACGUCCUCAACGAGCUCGCCGAGCUGAACAACUGCAAUAAUACCCUCUACUUCGAAGCACGGAAACACCAGGAUCUGUACUUGUGGACUUCGAAGACGCCCAACGGCCCCAGCGCUAAGCUGCACAUUCAAAAUGUGCACACGAUGGACGAACUCAAGAUGACUGGAAACUGCUUGAAAGGAAGCCGGCACGUUUUGAGCUUUGACAAGACGUUCGAUGAGGUUCCACAUUGGGGUUUGAUGAAGGAGCUUCUGGCCCAGGCAUUCGCGGUGCCAAAAGGUGCGAGAAGAUCAAAACCUUUCAUCGACCACGUCAUUUCCUUUUCUGUCCUCGACGGGCGGAUAUGGUUCAGGAACUACCAGAUCGUAUCAGCAGCUGCCGAUCCUGGCGCCUCGGCACUCGCAGCGGCAGAAGCAGCCUCGCAAGGGACGACUGCCAAAGUGCGUCACUCAAAGAAGAGCGAUGCGGACGAGAAGCCACCGACGCUGGUAGAGAUUGGUCCGCGCUUCGUGAUGACGCCCAUUCGAAUCUUUGAGGGUAGUUUUGGAGGAGCGACGCUGUACGAGAACCCGGAGUAUCUGUCCCCGAAUACGGUCAGACAUGAGGAGAGACGCAAAAAGGGAGAGCACUACAAGGAGAGAACGACGGCGAAGGCUAACGUGCUCGCCAAGAGGCAGAAGCUUCGGGAUGAUAGAAAAGAUGAUCCUUUGGCCCGGGGCAAGGUCUUUGGCUAA